AUGUCUGGAAGAGGUAAAGGCGGUAAAGGACUUGGAAAAGGAGGCGCUAAGCGUCAUCGUAAGGUUCUGCGUGAUAACAUCCAGGGUAUCACCAAACCCGCCAUCCGUCGUCUCGCUCGCCGUGGUGGUGUCAAGCGUAUCUCCGGUCUGAUCUACGAGGAAACCCGCGGUGUGUUGAAGGUGUUUCUGGAGAAUGUUAUCCGUGAUGCCGUCACCUACACCGAGCACGCCAAGAGAAAGACCGUCACCGCUAUGGAUGUCGUGUACGCGCUGAAGAGACAGGGACGCACACUGUACGGAUUCGGAGGUUAAACGAUUAAAAGAAAGAACAAAACCCAACGGCUCUUUUAAGAGCCACCCACCAUUUCACCGAAAGAGUUGAAUGUUGUUCUUUAAGCCACUUCAGGUUAUUUACGUUUUAGGAAAUAAAAAUAAGGCACAAAUACACUAAACCGAUAUAACGGUGUUUUUAUCUUCAUAAGAAUGUUUCUAUAACUCGAUUUAAUUAUCAUAAUGUAAUAGACAUUAAUCAGUUUCACGUACGUUAGUAAAUUUAAAUGACCUUGACAAUGCAGUUUCACUUUCUGUUAGAGCGAAAACCAGAGUGUUAUAAAGGAGAAAUCCAAUGUCUACAUAAAAUCAUGUUUUUUAUAGUAAUAUAUUAAGGGCUGUAACUAAACUAGUAUAUUUUAUUUCUGUAAUAAUGUACAAACAUAAAACGAUCAAAACAAAAG